AUGGGGUUUACAAGUGCCAUAGGCGGCCUGCAGGUGGAGCCCGAGAGCAGAGGUGCACAUACCAUAGGCGGCCUGCAGGUGGAGCCCGAGAGCAGAGAGCCAUUAGAAGCCCACAGGAUGCAGACCAAAACAGAACCGUGCGCAGAGCAGGAGGCGGCCAUGGCUGAGGCGGGGUCCGUGACACAGCAGGACCAGGCCUUUCUCGACGAGAUGGAGAGGCUGCUGGACGAAAACGAUGAUCUCAAGUGCGAGAUCGAGGAGAUGAGAGCCGAGAUGGACGAGAUGCGCGACACCUUCUACGAGGAGGACACGUGUCAGCUGCAGGAGAUGAGGCGUGAGCUGGAGCGAGCCAACAAAAACUGCCGAAUCCUUCAGUAUCGGCUGAGGAAAGCAGAGAGGAAGAGGCUGCGGUUCGCCCAGACAGGGGAGGUCGACGAAGAACUGCUCAGGAGCCUGGAGCAGGAUCUCAAAGUGGCAAAGGACGUGUCUGUGAGGCUGCACCACGAGCUGGAGAAAGUGGAGGAGAAACGCACCAAGACCGAAGACGAGAACGAAAAACUGAGACAGAAACUUCUAGAAGUGGAAGUGGCAAAACAAGCUCUGCAAAAUGAGCUGGAUAAAAGCAAAGAGAAGAGAAGAGGAAGUAAAGACGUCCAGAAGACCGACAAGAGAACUCCAACUGAGGAGGACAAUGAGGACCUGAAGUGUCAGAUGUCGUUAAUCAAAGAGGAGGCCGUGCUCAUGAGGAAGAAGGCGGCUAAGAUUGACAAAGAGAAGGACCGUCUGGAGCAGGAGCUGCAGAAGUAUCGCUCCUUCUACGGUGAACUGGACAGCACCCAUCCCAAAGGAGAAGCCGGGGGUCCACCCACCACCCGCGAGUCUGAGCUCAAACUGCGCCUCCGCUUGGUGGAGGAGGAGGCAAAUAUACUCGGCAGGAAAAUAGUAGAGUUAGAGGUGGAGAAUCGUGGGCUGAGAGCAGAGCUGGAUGACCUGCGUGGUGAGGGCGAGGGGGCAGUGAGUGGCAGUGAUGGGGGGAUGGGAGGUGUGGGUUCGGGCCGAGGCCUCGGGGACGACCUGACGGAGCUCCGACAGCAGCUGCAGCUGGUGGAGGACGAGGCCGAGCUGCUCAGGAGGAACCUGGCUGAUGUUGAGGAGCAGAACCAGAGAGUGACUUCAGAACUCAACAAACUGAAGUUCAAGGCUGGGACUCACGAAGGAGGACGACAUGGGGCCGGAGGCUCUGGGAUUGACACGGCAAAAACAGAGGCCCUACAGGAGGAGCUGAAGGCGGCCAGGCUGCAGAUCAAUGACCUCAGUGGAAAGGUGAUGCAGUUGCAGUAUGAGAACCGCGUGCUGCUGUCCAACAUGCAGCGCUAUGACCUGGCCUCUCACCUGUCCCUGCGCCCCAGCCCCAGGGACAGCGAUGCAGACAGCGACGCAGGAGGGGGACCCAGCGGCCGGCGUGAGAGUGAUGACGACUCUCCCUCCUCCAGACUCCUCCCGCCUCAUCGCAAACGUGAGGGGCCCGUGGGGGGAGAGAGCGACUCAGAUGAGGUCCGCAACAACGGCAGUAGCAGCAGAUGCCUCACACCGACGCGUGGUUUUUACACUCCCACCGGGCCAGAGGGCGCUGCUUCUUCCCCUUCUGCUUUGUCUCGCUUUCUACCCGGCGCCCGCUGUAGUCUACGGGAGAGACAGCAGAUGAUCGACAUUCAGGUGGAAGCAGAGAGACUGGUGCGGACGAUAGACCGGCUAAUUGCAGAUACGGCCACCAUCAUCUCGGAGGCUAGGGUUUACGUCUCAAAUGGAGAUCUAAUGUUCAGGAGAGGAGGGGAGGAAGGAGCAGAGGACGACGGCAGGAUCAGGGAACACGAACUGCUUUAUCGCAUUAAUGCACAAAUGAAGGCCUUCAAGAAAGAACUUCAGAGCUUCAUUGAGAGGCUGGAAGUGCCGCGGCAGGAUGACAGAGAAGCGGACGAACCUUUGUCGAUGUUCCAGCCUAUUAUUUUGCUCAUCCUCAUUCUUGUGCUCUUCUCCUCCUUGUCAUACGCCACCAUCUUCAAACUACAGCACAGAGGAACGGAGAGGAAGCAGAGCAGAGUGGACAGUCUGACCGCUGGACAAGCUUUUGGAAGAAAGAGCAGAGCCUGUGAUGCAGACAACAACACUACGGAUUUAAAAUACUGUUUAUUAUACUCUCAUUCAGAAUUUCCAGGCCAUCGAUCCCUUUGCUCCUGA